GAGCCCCCAAAACCCACAAAAAUGUAUGGAUGCCAGCCUUGAAAGCCUUCGAUUUCACUUUGGGGUUGUUGUUGUUGUGUGCCUUCAAUUCAUUUUAUGACUUAUGUUCAACCCUAUCAUGCGGUGUUCUUGGCAAGCUUCUUCGGGUUUUUUGUUGCCAUUGCCAUCCCCUGAGGCUGAGAGAGUGUGACUUGCCCAAGGUCGGCUGAAGGGUCUCCAUGGCCAAGCAGAGAUUUGAACCCUGUUCUCCAGCUUCAUAGUAGGUCCAUCUUAGGGCUGCCAGAGGUCUGGAAUGACUUGAUGGCGGACAACGACAACAAAGUUUGAUAAGACCCGGAGUGAAUGCACUGCCCCAAUGACCUGGGGGUCACCAGCGGAUGCUUUUCUGAGCUCAUCUCGGACAUGUUUUCUUGGUUGCAGCCUAACACACACAACACACACACACAUACCUGUGCGUUUGGCAACCGCCAGCGAUGCAUUAGAGAUGUAGGUCAAUUCAAUUACUCGCACAGCACUCAACACGUCUUUAAUCUACUCCUCCAGAAUGUUAAUGAACUGCAAUCAAAAUGCAAGGCAUGCUUCGCAAGAGCGGAAAACUAGGAGGGACGGAAAGAGGGUUGCGUCGACCCCCCCUUUUUGUUCCAAUGGCAGGGUCAAAGCGUUUGGGCAAGUUACAUUUAGUCAUGAAAAACAGCAACGCCGCCUCCUUUUACUAAAUACGAUUGGCGAUGAAGACCUAGAAAGAAGACAUGGAAAACUACUAUUUUACACGAUCGGCACAGCUAUUUGGAAAACAGAGCCAAUACCUGGUAUAGAUUCUUGGUUGUUAAAGGUAUACGAUUCUAUGGAAGCGGAUAGAUUGACCUGUUAUAUCAAUAAGAAAUCAAUAAAUGGAUAUGGACGAGAAUGGAAACCAUAGACUGCCUAAAGGAAGAAAAAGGAGCACAUGUUGGUCUUACGUUUGAAUAAGUUCUGAUUUAAUACAACCUGCUUACAAAGAAGAUAAAACGUACCUGAUAAAAUUAACUGAGAGGGGAUUUAUUGUGGGACCAGAGGAGGCUAAAUGCCUCCCGAAGCGACAAAUGCCCAAAUUCCCUAGCAAUGAGCCGAGGCAGUUAAAGCGGUGUCAAACUGGAUUAUGUCUGCAGUGUGGAGAGGACCCAAGUCAGGCAAAACCAAGGUUUUAGGCAUUCGGAUAUGUCUGAGAGCAAUGGUGCCACAGCAAAAUACCAAUUCCAGAAUCCCACAGCAUGGAGCCGUGGCAUUUAAGCAUUUAAGGUGGCGAUAACGAAGAUAGGUUUUCUGACUACGAUUCUGGACAGUUGUGAUCCAAAAUAAGUAACUUUCCCAAGCUCUGGUUGAGCCACAAUAAGGACCGGGAGUGUUUGACCUCAAGGGAAACCAUAGGGCCAUACCUACUUCCCAGCGGCAUGUGAUGUUGGGAGCGGUGGACUGACUAAUAGGUAAUAUCUCAGUUAUUACAGAUAAUAUCAACAUAUUAUCCUGGAUGUGAAGCAACUACUUUUAUGAGAGUGUUUAUUUUAGGAAGGUGUUUUUCUCCAGAACUCAGGAGCUGAAUCACACAAACUGGCUCUUCAAAAGAGGAAUGGCCCUAUUAUAAAGAUCGGCCCGGCGGAGAUUUAUUAAGGUCACAGACUUGCGUGAACACGGUGGAAAAACAAAAACGUCCACGCCGGAUCCGGCGUCGCUCCGAUUUCCAUCUCAUUGCGUUGACCAAACAUGGCCCCCUUCCCAAAAACCAUCAAGCUGCUCAAUUUCCAUAUACAGUAUUGAUCUAUAUUAGUUCUACAGCCAAAGAUCAACCUAGCUCUUAAGUCCCUCCCUUUAAGGUUGCUCUCUUUCAAUAUUGCUUUGUUUGGGAGUGCAGCUUUGAGAAUUGAAUCCUCUAAGGAUGCUGGGAGUUAUAGUCCAAGGCCUAAAUCAGGAGAUUCGGUCAUUAAACUAUUGUCCUACCUAGUCAAACCGCUACAUCAUGUUUGCUCAGGGUUUUCUUGGCCAGAGGAGGUUUGCCUUCGUCUUCCUCUACACUUGAAAGAGUAGGAUUGCCCAAAGCCAUCCAGUGGGCCUUCAGGACCGAGUGGGGAUUCGAACCCUGUUCUCCCAGCACCCAGAACUUAAACCACUACUCCAAAUUAGCUCCUCUUUGUCUGUAUUAUUUAGCGCUACACAGAUACCGCACCUGCACCUGGGCAAACAGUGGAGCCACAAACACGCAGGUGGCCUUUGCAAGGAGGAGCAUCUCACCUGGCUUUCGCCGAUGCGCUGGACCAACCCAAAGCAAGCGGCGUUUUGUCCCUGCAAAGUCUUUCUUGCGGACGCUGCCGGCUGCAGUACAACUCGGCACAAAGCCAGGAUGGGGCAGGUCAAUUACCAAAAGCCGAAGAGAAGGUCCCUGCGGUGCUGUUACUGCUGCGUCGAAUGCCUCAGUGGGUUCCUCGUCUUGAUGUCGGUGGCCACCGUGAUCACGCUGCUACGCUAUUUCCUAGAGUUCUCCGGUCUUUCGUUCACAAAUGGCGGAAACGGAACUGAAGUCUUCUCAGACCUGGGUCCAACGCAAGGACCCACCAGACGCUUUCUUGAGACUGUUGCUCAAACCAAAGCCAUGGACGAAUCUCCUUCCCAGCAAAUCUUGGACCGUCUCAUGUCGACAUCCCCUCAGUCUUCACCUCAGAGGAAAAUGGAUGCACCUCAACCAUCAUCUCAACCCACUGAGAUGCAGCAACCGAUAUCUCCAUACUUAACCUCAGCGUUGAGCCAACCUUCUCCGCCUUCCACAACCGAACAGAAAUCAUCUCUAUUCUCCUCAGCUACGUCAUCUUUUCCAACGGACGUCGCUACCUCCAUGGCGUCUCCGUUGACUGUGGACACAAUGCAGACAUCUUCUGGUUGGGCAACUUUGGCCACUAAACUGAGUCUUUCCUCUCGGCCGACAACAGAUAUUCAAGAGACAUCUCCCAGCGAAGCAACUCCAUCUGUUCAAUGGAGUCUUUCCUCUCAUCUGCCCACAACUGUCAACUUGACUGGUGCAAAGCCAGGUUCUCCAGAGGAUCCUAUAAUGGGUUCUCCAUCGCCAAAUGUAACUUCUCAGCAGCUUCCGUUUUCAGUAACUUCUCCAGUUGAUGGAAAUGAAACCAACCAAUAUUUCCACGGUUCCUUCCAGCUUCCGAAGGAAGUCUACCAUUCAAGCUACAGCAACCACACUUCGGAGGGUUUUAGGAGCGAGGCAUUGAAGUUGGAAAACAUGAUUGACAAUAUGUUUGCCAAGAGCGCCUUAAAGCAUCAGUACCGGAAAUCGUUUAUUCAGGGAUUGGAGCCUCGGCCUUUCAGGGCCAAAUUCCUCCUGAAGUUCAGCGACGACGACCACAGGCUAAAACUCGACCCGGAAACCGUGGUCAGGGAAAUGGUCCGGGGCUAUGAGGAAACUCAAGACAAAGUUGCGGUGGAUGUCAACAGCAUCCUGGUGGAAGAUUACAAGGAACUGUGCCUGACCAAGCCAACGUCAUUACUGUCCCCCCUUCUUGGUGCAAACCACAAGCCAAACAGCCACUGGGAUGCCAAACAUCUCAGUCACGCAGAGGACUGGCCUUGGGUCGCCAGCGUCAUGAAAGAGGACAUCUCCGUUUGCGAUGGGACCCUCAUCACAGACAACUGGGUGCUGACUGCCAGGAACUGUGUAGCAUCUGGCAUCCCUUCCUUAUACACCGUAAAGCUUGCCCCGUAUGCGAAACACACUCCUUCGGAAUCGCUGCAUUCAGUUGGCAAGAUUGUUCACCCCUCAGGAAUGCCAAAGGAUCUUGCAUUGCUCCAACUGGCCAAACCCGUACCCGCCACUUCUUCUGUCCACCCCAUUUGCCUGCCUGACCCUUCCCACAUUGCGCCUUCCGGGACCGAAUGCUGGGCUCUCGGAUCAAAGGAAAAGCACACCGAUAAACCUGAAGUCCUUCAGUGGACAGUAACUUCCCAGACUGAGUGUCAGACCUCCUCUCCCUCGCACUCAACAUGCGCAGAAACUACAGACCUCAAGAAACAUCUCCAGUUGAGCACAGGAGGGCCCUUUCUUUGUCUGGGAGAGAACCAACAGGUUUACCUGGAAGGAAUCGUUCCAGUCUCUGCCGAAAGCCAGGGGAAGAAGAAGGAGCAGUCGGCGGCUUUCCCUCGAAUGGCACCGUGGGUUCCUUGGAUCAAGUCACAGCUUUCCCCCGAUAAAGCAGCAUAAGAGAAGGGGACAAGUGUGUCCUUGUGGCAUUUUGGGGCAGGUGGAGAGGAACCCACCACCUCUUGGCUCUUCUCAAGAGGUUUUUAGGUUUGUAGGUCUAUUUCUUGGUUUGUAAAGCAACUCACUGCCUAGUUCCCUUUGGUGAGCUGAAGACCAGCUCCAGACAACCAGAAAGAAAAGGUUUUUGUAAACUAUGCAAGAACUGGAGCAACGUGGCCUUUCAGGUGCAGAAUGCCACUUUGCAUUCGGUGCAUGCCCCAAAGUGUCCCAGGAAACAAUGCUGCAGAGAAACACAUGUGUGUUUUCAAAAGUAAAAAACGCAAUUUAAAGCAGCCUAUUGUAAAAUAAUAGGUUAAAGUGGGCAAAGUCUGGGUCUCCAAAACACCCCGACCCCCUCAAUUUUAUCAGCUUUUAAAAUGGCCCCAAAAACUGGCCCAAAGCCACAAAAAGGCACCUGAAGAUGCACCAAUUUGCUCCAAAAAUCAAAAUGCUAUAGGUAGCCUUUGUGCUUCAGUCUUUACCAUCCUUUAUCCCCUUCCCUUCUCAUGGCAAUUCAUAUGAUGGGGAUGUGGUGUCAUGGCUUCUACUAUUCGGAAACUCUAUCACAAUACAGCUUUAGCCUUUGAAACUGUGUGCCGCAGGACUGUCUGGUGCAAUGAAUGCCCUUUAGAAAUUGCUGGCCACAGAGUGACAACACAUGGCUUUGCUUUGCUCUCCAACUCAGUUUGGUGCCACUCAAAGCUCUGGAACCUCAGAGAAGGAAAAAAGGAAGGUAAAGGGGAAACCCAAAUAAAGGCAGAGAGGCCAAAAUGCAAAGGAAAACGCUCCGAGGAACAAACCUGCGCAGCCAGGUUGGCGCAUGCUCCAGCUUCUCAAAGAGAACCAUCAGUCUCCAUGCAGCAAG